AUGGCUGGCGUCGACAAGCCACUCCCCGGCAAAAAGCCAGGCAUCUUGUUCGCCAACAGCAAGAUUAAGAAGCCAGAUCAGUUGUCAAAGGAAGAAUAUACUCGAUGGUAUGAGCAAGUGCAUAUUCCAGACAUCUUCAAGACGAGCGGCAUCAAAGAAGCGUCAAGAUGGACCGCCCUGGAUCCCAGUCAAGAUCGACCAUUUCUUGCCCUUUACCCGCUUGAUGAUCUGGACUUCCUGGAUACGGACGAGUUUAAAGCAAUACCGGUCCACGACGACAACCUGCCAGGUUCAGGCGAGAUAUUUGAUCUCGCUGAUUUUGACACCCGAUACUACAAACUUGCACAGUUGUACGAGCCUGAAAACGCGAAGUCUGGCCAGCCAGAUUUCGUAAUAGCAGCAGCUUUUACUCCGACAGACGACAAGGAGUAUGAUGCUUGGUAUAGACAAGAACACUUGAAGGAGGUCUCCGGCCUCACCGGAUGGAGGAAGACUGAGCGCUACGACUUGACGUUCGCAAGGCAGAACCGUAGCACUGGGGAGGACAACAAGUUGCCCGAGCCACCCAAAUUCCUGACUUUGCAUUAUAUCGAUGGCGAGUCGCUGCCAGAGAAGGAACUCGCGAAGGCGGCUGAAAGCGAGAGGACGAAGAAGAAUCUGUCAGAGAUGAAAGCGACACAAAUGGCUAUCUUCAAGAAGUUGGCUCAAUUCCAGAAGUGA